AGGCGAGCAGUUUCGCGUGUUGUCCGUCUGCAUUAAUCCGAUCGAUUAAUCAGCUGUGUGUGGUUCAAUCAAAUACAGUUUGUAAAAUACUCAUAGUGACGUUGAGGGGAUGCACGCAGGCAAAUAUUGCUUAGAUAAGUGACACGUAAGGUGACACGCGAGCCAAUGAACUGUCAUUGGCAGACACCACGCGAGUCGUGCGAUGCAUAUGAGAGUGGAGGAAUACCGUAAUCGUAAUCGACGUAACACAUUCAAUCGAGCGUAAACAUUCGCACGCACGCACGCACGCACGCCGCCGCCGCCGCCGCCGCCGCCGCCGAUUCAUCGCUAUCGGCCGUCCGGUAAGCUGCAGCGCGAGGAUAAUGCCGUUUGUAUAUUUAUUGUUGUGACACAUACAACGUACAAGGCUAAAGGAUUACCUGAAAAAUGCAGUGGUUCUCGUUCAGUGUUAUACUUUCCGGGAUAUUUCUAGCAUAUAUCAUUUAUUCGAUUUACUCGUUGUCGUUGCUGUUUAUAUCGCCGGUUUGCGAGGAUGGCAAGCCGUGUCUCAAGUCCUAUUUGAGCGAGCGACCACAGUUGGAUCUUUACAUCUAUAGCUCCGUCUACAAGAAGUCCAGAGAUGUCGAUCUUGCGUACACGGCGCAUAAUUUCGAUUACACUCGAGCGCAAACCAUUCCAACAACAUUGAAUAUUCCACGCAAAACACAGGACAAUGGAACACUGUUUUUGCAUAUACUAUUGACACCAACGUUCGUAGAUCAGAGUAGAUCGUUUGUUGAUUUGAAAAAGGAUAUAUAUACAUCAUAUACCACUAUUAAAAUGACACAGUAUACAGUACCUGAAGCUGAAGUAUUCAAGUUACUAGGAGAAAAAAAUCCUGGUACAAAGGAUACUUUUGUGCGUCCAGUCUCGCACAUUAAGAGUCGCGUAACAUUCACAAUAAUGACGGAUGAUGUUACGCUUCCUUUGUACAGCAUGCCUAUCGAACUUGUGGAUCACAUAAAGAUAGUUGGUAAAAUGACAUUUCUGCCAGUUGUUAACUGUGACUUCCUGCAAACCCGGCAACGAGAUCUUGAGCGGAUUAUGCCUCAGAACAACGCGAUGAAUGUCACGGUGGAGUAUUCGCCUGUGUCUCUAGGAAAGUUAAGAUUGGUGUUACACGUGCAGACAGCCAUAGCAAACCUGAGGAAUAUUGGCAUCUCUGACAAGGAUGUGGACGAAGUGAAGGGUAUCUUUGCGGAUACCAAUAUCUAUCUAUUAGGCGGUACCGUCUUCAUCGCUGGUGUGCAUUUGUUAUUUGACUUUCUCGCCAUAAAAAAUGACGUUAGCUUUUGGCGGAAGAAGAGCAAUCUGAUAGGUCUUAGCAAGUGGACUGUGAUGUGGCGCGCAUUCAGUCAGACCAUAAUUUUCCUUUACUUAUGCGACGAGGAAUCUUCCUUGCUUGUUCUCAUCCCAACUGGUAUCAGCACUGUUAUCGAGUUGUGGAAAUUGAAAAAGAUAUCGAGAGUGGAACUGAUUACGUGUCAGGGCAUUUUGCCAAAGAUACAAUUCAAAAGUGAUAGUAUUAACGCGGCGGAAAUGAAAACCAGAGAGUUCGAUGCCGAGAGCAUGCGCUAUCUGAGUUAUCUAUUGUAUCCGAUAGUAAUUAGCGGUGCAGUCUACUCUCUUCUUUAUCAGCCGCAUAAGAGCUGGUACUCUUGGACCAUAAAUUCCUUGGUGAACGGUGUUUACGCCUUCGGAUUCCUCUUUAUGCUGCCGCAGUUGUUCGUUAAUUAUAAAUUAAAGUCCGUGGCGCACCUACCGUGGCGGGCGUUCAUGUACAAAGCGUUCAACACGUUCAUCGACGACGUGUUCGCUUUUAUUAUAACAAUGCCGACUGCGCACAGAAUAGCUUGCUUCAGGGACGACGCAGUCUUUUUGAUUUAUCUGUACCAAAGAUGGUUAUAUCCGGUAGAUAAGUCACGCGUGGAUACCGAUACGGUAACAGAGGAGACCGUUGACUUUGGUGACGCCAGUAAGAAAACAAUAAUACACAAGCGCAACGGUCAAUAGAAUAUUCGUACAGUUAUUUGUUGUCAUCGUCCUUCCUCACGGCCUAAGACUUUACGCGACUAGCUCAUUAACGUGUCUACAAUGUGCCGGGAAAUUGUAUUUAUAUUACAUUAUUGUGGAAGUUUAUAAUUAAUAUACAGUUAUUC